AUGUCCAUCGAAAGCGCUUUUCGUUCAUUCAUCGACCACGUCAACCUGGGCCGCUGGGACGAACUCGCGCAGUACGUGCCCCAGGAGGGCCGGGUCACUUACAACAAGCGCGAGUACCAUGGGGUCGAGUUUUUGACACGCAUGCGGGAGCGCAUCGGUGCCCUUCCCGAUGGAGCCUUUGAGGUCGACACGUCCAUGGGCGACGAGGAGGCCCAGGUAGUCGCCGUGAGGAUAAUAUGGCGCACUACCGUUCCCGAGGGCGAGGACAUGGAGUUGAUGCCGGGGCUGGAAGGGAUCGUGUUGUCUGGUGGUGGGCGUGGCGGUAGCAUCUCGGAGAAACAACGUCUGACUGGAGUGCAUCAUCUUUUCUGCUGGUUGAAGAACGGGCAGGUGUCGGAUAUCGAGACGAUUGGCGAUGUGGAUGGCGUCUUUCUGGACGAUGACGUCUCGUCCACCACAGACUCCACGCCCGCAUCCUUAGCAGACGACUCUCCCACUUAUUUCGCCUCCAAGGCGGACCUUUCGAGCAAUUACCGCGCUUACAUCGACUGCAUCAACGGAAGGACAAUGGAGGCCGACCUGCCACGAUUCUGCCAUGCCUCAGUGUGGCACAACAACCGCCAGCUCUCGCUCUCCCAAUACAGGCACCUGAUGGAGGAUGCCCAGCGCGCCAUUCCAGAUAUUCGGUUCGACGUGCAGUCGCUCAUUGUCGACGAAAACUCCCAGCGGCUGGCAGUGCGCCUCGAGUUCACUGGAGUCCCGGCGCUGAAAUGGGCAGGGGUCGAGCCCAGCGGCAAGGCGGUCGCCUUUUCGGAGCACGUGUUUUACUGGCUUCAUGAUGGCAGGAUCCGCAAGGUGCUGAGCCUCGUUGAUCUUGCCACUUAUAGAGAGCAAGUGCGAGGCUUGGGGUUGAGAUGA